UUUUCUAAACAAUCUACCAAAGAGAUGUUUCUCUGGUUACCCCCGCAUUUGUUUUGCCUUGGGGAUUUAACGGGCACACGAUGAACUAUUGCGCAAACUGCUGAAUGUGCAUUGACAUGUAAUUAAUGAAAGGUACCUAUAAAAGGCUCAUUGCCUACAUUUUCCGUGUUUUGACUUAGUAUAUUCACUUCGAGACAGCUUUGCGAUCAUGAAGACUCUGAUUAUUUUGGCUUUGACGGCGGUUGUCGCUAAUGGUGCAACCGUAUAUCAUCCAGCAUGGAAGCCUGUUGAAUCGCCAUAUUAUGUAAAAGAUAACAGUGGAAAUUAUGCGUUCGGUCAUCAUGAUGCUAACCCUGGCGGCCCAUCUUUCCACAGUGAAACAGGAGACAUAAGUGGCAAGAAAGUCGGUUCUUAUGGAGUUAGGAAUCGUGAUGGCACAUUUACGAUCGUGGACUAUGUUGCAGACCAAAACGGAUACAGGCCAAAUAUCAGGACAUCAGAAAAAAGGCGACAACGCAAAGAAUCAGAUAGAGUUAGAAUGCCUGGAAAUUUGGACAGUUCAGAAAUGGUUUACUCGCGCCCAUUCCCUUACUAUUAUUUUGCUUUGUAGAUAUAUGUGCAAAAUAUUUUUAAUAAUUUUCAAUGAGCUUUGUAUUAUAUCAAUUGCUUAAAUCUUACCUCAGAACAAUAAAAAUUUUAUUAUCUUA